AUGCUGCCUGGGACCUCUCAGCUACCCACAGAAGCAAGCAUGUCUUGGGUCCUUCUUUCUGUUCUUUGGCUCAUCAUUCAAACCCAAGUGAUAGAUACAAAGUCAGCCCCUGAAUUAAAGCUCCAUGAAAUAGUUCAUCCUAAAAAAAUACCCAUUUCACACAGAAGAGGGACUGAGAAUAAUCAGACAGAGAGAUAUGCCAAAGAGGAAAGAUACGCGCCUGAAGUUCAGUAUCAGAUCAUACUAAAUGGAGAAGAAAUUAUCUUUCACCUAAAGAGAACCAAGCAUCUUCUGGGGCCAGACUGCACUGAAACAUCUUACUCAGCCAGAGGAAAAGAGGCGACCAGAUGCUCUCAGGAUGUGAAACCCUGCUACUAUGAAGGCCACAUCCUGAAUUCAAGGGACUCUCUUGCCAGUAUCAGUACAUGUGAUGGAUUGAGAGGGUACUUCACACAUCAUGAUCAAAGAUAUCAAAUAAAGCCUCUACAGAGCACAGAUGAGGGAGAACAUGCCGUCCUUGCAAUCAGCCAAGGGGAACCAGACACAGCUAAUUACAAACAUGGUGAGAAGCAUGCUGGCAGGAAACAAAGCCAUCUUCGAAUUUCUAGGUCAUUAAAAAGCUCCAAUGACUUUCUUCAAGGACAGAAAUACGUUGGUCUCUUCUUGGUGAUGGAUAAUGCCUUUUAUAAGAUGUAUAAUGGAAAUGUGACUUGGAUAAGAAGCUUUGUGUUUGAGGUGAUGGAUCUGCUCAAUGUGAUUUACAAAACCAUAGAUAUUCAAGUGUCUCUGGUGGAUAUGGAAAUCUGGUCUGACAGUGAUAAGAUAAAGGUGGAACCCAGGAUUGGUGCCACAUUCCAAAGCUUCAUGAAAUGGCAUUACUCUACCCUGGAAAAAAAGAAGAUCCAUAACCAUGCCCAGCUUCUCAGUGGAUCCGGCUUCCUCUAUAGACGUGCAGGAAUGGCAGCUGCGAAUUCCUUGUGUUCUACAUCUUCAGUGUCUGUUGUUGAGGCCAAAGGAAAGAAUAAUGUGGCUCUUGUAGCUGUGAUGUCCCAUGAGUUGGGCCAUGCCCUUGGUAUGAGGGAUGUUGUAUAUACCACCAAGUGUCCCUCUGGCAGCUGUGUGAUGAAUCAGUACCUGAGUUCAAAAUUCCCCAAGGAUUUCAGUACUGCCAGCCGCUCACACUUUCAAGGAUUCCUUUCAUCUAGAAAUGCAAGGUGUCUGCUGUUGGCACCUAAUCCUAAAAAUAUAAUAAAACCAACAUGUGGGAACCAACUUCUGGAAACGGGGGAAGGUUGUGACUGUGGCUCUCCUGAGGAAUGUACCAACCUUUGCUGUGAGCCCCUGACAUGUAGGCUGAAAUCUCAAACUGACUGUGAAGAAGAAACAUCCAACCAUAUCACGUGA